AUGUAUGCUACUGCAGGUAUCGAAGGAUUCAGAGCUACUACCGAGAGGAAAUCAUGGCAUUCAGAGAACAAAACCCAAAGCAACCAAAACCAGAUUAUCACCAAGACAAAGAGACAGAGAGUGAUAAAAAUUUGUUAUGAUAUUUACCUCUCCCGCUUUCGCUUUCCUCUGGUUAUUGCAGCGAAAAAUCUCUUUCAUGUCAGCAAAAAAUACAAAGUAGAAGACAACUUUGUUGCAAAAAAUUGGGUAAAUGGAGAUGAUGAUGAUGAUGAGAGUAUGACUGUGAGAUUAGUAACUACUGCUCAUGGAAUUAUCCGGCCACAAUCCGGCAGUUUGAUAUGGGGACAUAGUGGCGGAGGCGAGUCAGGUGAGGGAGGUGGAGGAGGGUAUGGAGCUGUAGGAGAACAUGGCAGUGGGUAUGGUGCUGGUCGUGGUGGUGGAGAAGAUGGGGGUGGGGGUGGCGAUUAUGGACCUCCUGAUGGUGGUGGAGCUGGGUAUGGUGCUGCAGGAGAACAUAGGGUUGGCUAUGCUGGUGGAGGUGGUGGAAGUGGUGGUAUUGGUUAUGGAGGUGAGCAUGGGCCUGGUUAUGGUGGUGGUGGUGAAGAGCAUGGAUCAGGAUAUGGUGGUGGAGGCGGUAAUGGUGGUGCUGCUGCUGGUGGGGAGCAUGGUGGUGGGUAUGGAGGAGGUGGAGGAAGUGGUAGUGGAGGAGGGGGAGCAUAUGGUGCUGGAGGAUCACACGGAGGCGGAUAUGGAAGAGGUGUAGGUGGCGGUGUGGGUGGUGGCCAUGGUGGCUAUGCCCCUUGA